AGAGAGAGAGAUAAGGGAGAUGGCAUCACUGUGCGUUAAUAAUAGCUUUAUAUUAAACACCCACACCCAUACUCUACACCAGCUCUCCUUUCUGCCUGCAACAACCAACAGAAGAAGAAGAAUAUCAGUGACCAUAGCAGCAGUCUCUUCUUCUUCUAUGGCUACUGAAAAAUUGGGCAUCAAGAUUGAAAAGAAUCCUCCCGAGUCCACUCUCACCCAACUCGGCGUCAGGAAUUGGCCAAAGUGGAGUUGCCCUCCGAGCAAGUUUCCAUGGACGUACAGUGAGAAAGAGACUUGCUAUCUGCUGGAAGGAAAAGUGAAGGUCACUCCUGCUGGAUCAAAGGAGUCGGUUGAGAUUGGUCCCGGUGACUUGGUUGUAUUUCCUAAGGGAAUGAGCUGCACAUGGGAUGUGUCAGUGGGUGUAGACAAGCACUAUAACUUCGGCUAGGUCAAUUGAGAUUAGAUCGAACUAUACAUGUCAUUGGCUGUACGUGUAUUUCACUCCAACCUAGCUAUACAUAAUACCUGGCAGUCUUGGUUGAUGAAUGAAUAUUUUUGUUGUCGUUGUUGUUGAGAGGGGUUUGGAAGCCAACCGGGAGGCUCUCCAUGUCCGUACGUACGUGGUUAUGUUUAUUUACAUAAGACUUGCCUUUGGGGAUGUUGUACGUACCAGAACUCCAAGCUAGAAUAAUACCUAGUAGGGCUUGUUGAUGAAACUACCCGAGAGAAGUGUGUGUUUUUGUAUAUGUAUAUUAUUUUUCAUUUUCUAAACAUGGGAGGGGAUGAACUUCCCGGAUAUGAUUCUCCCCCUCCCCCC